UCCGCAGCGCCAGCAGGCCAGUCCCGGCCAUAGCCGUGUAGCCCGGUCAUGGAAGCGGCCAACGUCGGGAAACGCCCCCGCCAAAAGCCAUUGGCUGUAGCUGCGUCAGCCCCGUCCAGCGAUUGGCUUCCCUCAGAGUCCCGCCUCUCACUCAUGGCUAUUGGUUGCUGCUAGACUUGCCUUCACAGGCUAUUGGCUUUCUUCUAGAAUCGGCCUCCUGUGUUGAGAGCUUAUUGGGCGCCACUCCAGAAUGGCUUAAACCAUUGGCUGAGUCGCAAGUCCGUCUGCAGCCUGGCUUUUGGCUCCCACGGCUCCGGAAAUGCCCUGAUUUAAGGCGGCCAGUGACAUCCACAACACUGAAUCCAGUAGCCAGGGCUCAGGCUGACUGUUAAUUCACCUACACGCUGAUGCCACCUACAUUUUUAUUUCAACCUCUUGACCCUGACGUCGAGGGACAUAUCGAGCACCAGUUUACCAAUGUCCCCUUCUUCAUCUUCGGGCCACUGAUGAUGUUCCUGAUGCACCCCUACGCCCAGAGGCGCUCCCGCUACAUCUACAUUGUCUGGGUCCUCUUCAUGGUCAUAGGCCUGUUCUCCAUGUACUUCCACAUGACGCUCAGCUUCCUGGGCCAGCUGCUGGAUGAGAUUGCCAUCCUGUGGUUCCUGGGCAGUGCCUAUGGCAUAUGGAUGCCCCGCUGCUACUUCCCGUCCUUCCUGGGGGGCAACAGGUCCCAGUUCAUCUGCCUGGUCUUCAUCACCACCGCGGUCAGCACCCUUCUGUCCUUCCUACGGCCCACGGUCAACGCCUACGCCCUCAACAGCAUUGGCCUGCACGUUCUCUACAUUGUGUGCCGGGAGUACAGGAAGACCAGCAAUAAGGAGCUUCGGCACCUGAUUGAGGUCUGUGUGGUUUUAUGGGCUGGUGCUCUGGCCAGCUGGAUCAGUGACCGUCUGCAUUGCAGCUUCUGGCAGAGGAUUCAUUUCUUCUAUCUGCACAGCAUCUGGCACGUGCUCAUCAGCAUCACCUUCCCGUAUGGCAUGGUCACCAUGGCCUUGGUGGACGCCAGCUAUGAGAUGCCAGGUGAAACCCUCAAAGUCCGCUACUGGCCUCGGGACCGUUGGCCUGUGGGGCUGCCCUAUGUAGAAAUCCGGGGUGAUGACAAGAACUGUUGAGAACUGCCAGCCUCUUGACUAUCCAGCCACCUGGGACUUGCCUGUGUCUUGAGAAGAGAGCCCCUAUCAGGACUUGCACCUGACAGACACUCGUGGCUCCUUCCUCCGUUUCUCCUUCCAUGUCCUCCUGGUCCUUCGCUGCCCUGCCUUGAGGCAGAGGCUGGACUUUGUGACAUCUCUGAGCAGCAGACUGGUGACCAUGGGGGGGCCGUCUCAUGCGUCUCCCCUCCAUGACCCGCCCCUGCCCUCUUUAAUUUCCUUUCCUGUGUCCACAGCCUCCCGGUGACCAUUGUCACAUGAGCUGGUGGGGCUGAGUUCAGGUACUAGGAUGACUGAAGGAUAUGGCUUCUAAAUAUUAGCUUCUAGGCUGGGCACAGUGGCUCAUGCCUGUAAUCCCAGCACUUUGGAUGGCCAAGGUGGGUGGAUCACGAGGUCAGGAGUUCGAGACCAGCCUGGCCAACAUGAUGAAACCCUGUCUCUACUAAAAAUACAAAAAUUAGCCAGGCAUGGUGGGGGCAUGCCUGUAAUCUCAGCUACUCGGGAGGCUGGGGCAGGAGAAUUGCCUGAAC